AUGACUUCAGAGUGGUUGACCCCUUCAACACGGUCAGAGCUCAUCGAGAACCUCGUCUCUGGAGUCGACCGUUACAAUCCUUCAAACGUCAGUAUACUAGAAGAUUAUCUCUAUCACCAAAUCAGAAGUGAAGAGUACGAUUGUCUGGCCAACUUGGCCAUUUUAAAGCUAUACCAAUUUAACCCAGAGCUUUACAACCCAGAUGUUGUCAUCAACAUCCUUAUAAAAGCACUCACAGCAUCCCCCCUCCCCGAUUUCAACCUCUGUAUAUCUCUUCUCGAUGAAAGACCAUUGAAUGCUCAACUUGACGAACCUGAUCCACUUCCCACUGUCCUUCCCAUUCUCAAAGGUCUCCACAGCCUUCUUUUCCGCUGCCGCUUCCCUGCUUUCUGGGAGAUUUACCAAUCUGCUGAACUCGAAAACCUUCGGGACAAUUAUACCGUUGAGGUGGCAGGAUUCGAGGAUGCCGUUCGUGCCGUAGCUAUUCGUGCUGUCAGAGCCACCUUCACUAGGAUCAGUUCAGAGAGACUAGGAUCAUAUCUGAACCUUUCUAGUUCUGAUCUGAUUGCCUACAUUCAGAAAUUGGGAUGGCCUGUUGACUCCUCAACCUCGGUUGUAACAAUACCGCCAAACCCAGACAACCAAAUUGAGGCAACAGUUGUGCAAGAAAGCGUCAAGCUUCCUCAAUUGACCAAGAUCAUCGCUCACUCGGUCGCCAAGGCAUAA